AUGUCCGCCGCUACUGUUGGUAAACCUAUUAAGUGCAUUGCUGCUGUUGCGUAUGAUGCGAAGAAACCAUUAAGUGUUGAAGAAAUCACGGUAGACGCCCCAAAAGCGCACGAAGUACGUAUCAAAAUUGAAUAUACUGCUGUAUGCCACACUGAUGCGUACACUUUAUCAGGCUCUGAUCCAGAAGGACUUUUCCCUUGCGUUCUGGGCCACGAAGGAGCCGGUAUCGUAGAAUCUGUAGGCGAUGAUGUCAUAACAGUUAAGCCUGGUGAUCAUGUUAUUGCUUUGUACACUGCUGAGUGUGGCAAAUGUAAGUUCUGUACUUCCGGUAAAACCAACUUAUGUGGUGCUGUUAGAGCUACUCAAGGGAAAGGUGUAAUGCCUGAUGGGACCACAAGAUUUCAUAAUGCGAAAGGUGAAGAUAUAUACCAUUUCAUGGGUUGCUCUACUUUUUCCGAAUAUACUGUGGUGGCAGAUGUCUCUGUGGUUGCCAUCGAUCCAAAAGCUCCCUUGGAUGCUGCCUGUUUACUGGGUUGUGGUGUUACUACUGGUUUUGGGGCGGCUCUUAAGACAGCUAAUGUGCAAAAAGGCGAUACCGUUGCAGUAUUUGGCUGCGGGACUGUAGGACUCUCCGUUAUCCAAGGUGCAAAGUUAAGGGGCGCUUCCAAGAUCAUUGCCAUUGACAUUAACAAUAAGAAAAAACAAUAUUGUUCUCAAUUUGGUGCCACGGAUUUUGUUAAUCCCAAGGAAGAUUUGGCCAAAGAUCAAACUAUCGUUGAAAAGUUAAUUGAAAUGACUGAUGGGGGUCUGGAUUUUACUUUUGACUGUACUGGUAAUACCAAAAUUAUGAGAGAUGCUUUGGAAGCCUGUCAUAAAGGUUGGGGUCAAUCUAUUAUCAUUGGUGUGGCUGCCGCUGGUGAAGAAAUUUCUACAAGGCCGUUCCAGCUGGUCACUGGUAGAGUGUGGAAAGGCUCUGCUUUUGGUGGCAUCAAAGGUAGAUCUGAAAUGGGCGGUUUAAUUAAAGACUAUCAAAAAGGUGCCUUAAAAGUCGAAGAAUUUAUCACUCACAGGAGACCAUUCAAAGAAAUCAAUCAAGCCUUUGAAGAUUUGCAUAACGGUGAUUGCUUAAGAACCGUCUUGAAGUCUGAUGAAAUAAAAUAG